AAAGAAGAUCAGUCAUAGAUACCAGAAAGUAGAUGUCGUACGAUUCUCCCUAUGUCCUUAUCCUUUGAGUAAUCCAAUAGAACGGUAUGGUUUGCCUUUGAAUCCUGAUCAGGAUGCUUGUGGUGCCCAUUGAAUUACUUUAGUUGCAUCAGCAUAAGACCAAUUAGACUAACAAAAACAAUAUUUUAGAUACGUAUUAUUGACUCUGACUCCAUGCAACCAUGAAGGAUGUCAGAUGAACCAACCAAGCACCUUCCAAAUGGAUAUUAUAUUGAGACACCGAAGACAUAUGAGAACUUGAUGCAGACGUCAACCUCAAGCUAGAUUUUCCUGUAUAUCCAAUACAUGGUGUUUUUUUCCCGAGCUCUUUUCUGGAUAUCUAAAGUUGCCACUCUCUCUUUAGAGUCCCACUAGCAUUUGAAGGUCAGUUAGGUGUCAUAAUCCCAUAUUGAUUAAUAAAAAAGGUGCUACAUGGGUUUAUUAGUCUGAACCAGUUCACCUCCCAAUAAUUUAAACUUUUGAGCUAUGAGUCCCCGACAAAUAGUAUCAAAGCCAAGCCCAUUGGGAGACAACUUCUAUUAGUUAUAUGGGCCUCUCACUAGAAGAUACCUAGAUCAUGGGGAAAAUUAUUAUAGUCCCAUAUUGGCUGAUGAAAGAGGUGCCACAUAGUUUUAUUAGCACGAACCGAUCUUUCCAAUAGCUUAAGCUUGUGGGCUCUGAGGACAUAUUGCAGAUCAAGGGUGAGGGCCAGUGACCUUUGUGAUCUUUAUAGGGCUAUGCCUAUGUGGAGGAUGAGUGGUGGCUAGAUUUGGAAGCUUCGUGUUCACCUUGAGUUGCCUUAUUCUUCUUGAAGAUGGCAUAGGGAUGCCUACGAACCAAGAGCAUACUGCAUGGCAGAGGGCUGAGUCUUCCAUAUGCCUGCGACAGAUGUCCGGAGGAGGAGACGGUUGCAUUAUUUUGCUGCCCCGAGGUCAAGCAAACCUAGAUGCUGGUUGGAGGUGAUUGGAGGUUCUGACAAUCCACAACCUCCGUCACUACCUUUCUGAAUUGCUUGGAAGGAACUAUGAAGAUUUCUGCUUUGGGACCAUGGGGGCUGAGGGCUACUUACCUUAUCUACCAUAUUUGGCUGGACAAGAAUGCUCGGAUCUUCGAGAAUAAGAGACAACACCGAGGCUGGUCGUCGAUAGAGCCUUACUUCAGACGGCCAAGGUCUCUCAGUCAUCUUCCGUUGGAGAUGCCAUGAUUGCAAAGGAUAUCUGGAACUCCCGUCCAGCUCUUGCAACGACCCAAACGAUACUCAUCGGAUGGGAGCCCCAACCUCCGAGCUUUCUCAAGAUUAAUUUCGACGACAGCGUAUCUGAGGACAGUAACAGAGUUGGAGUCAGAUUUGUGAUCAGAAGUUUGGACUCUAGAUUGCUUGUGAUUGGGGGUAGCUGCAUUUUGAAGUCACUAUUCCUAGUGCGGAGUUGAGGGUAGCCUAGGAGGGUCUUACCUAUGCCAGACUCACCUUGAGAGCAGAUCGAAUUCAGAUUGAAAGCGACACCGCUAUGGUAAUUCAAUAGAUUCGAGGUCAUUAUAGGACGUUGUGUGGGCACCCACCGCUACAGGACAUCCUCAAGCUGAUAGGGAUUGUAGUGCUUUUUAAGCUUUCCAUGUCUACAGAAAAAUGAAUAGAGUGACGAACUAGAUUGCCUCUUUCAUUACUUGGCUUUCCGAUGGCACUCUCUGGCACAACUAUAAAACCAUACCUUCUCUUUUAAAUUCUCUUUUUCUUUCUGAUCUUAUAGGAUGUUUUCAUACUAGACAUGCAUAAUCUCUCCGACUUAUCAAAAAAAAAAAAAGCUAUUGUUGACCACAUGAAAAUCGAGAAAUUAUAUUCUACACCACAUGCACCACAUCGAUCAUCGUAUGUUCUUCUUAUAGGCUCCAUUCAUCAUGGCUUGUUUCGAUAAUUAGCCCAUAGAAAGAAGAUACCAUGAUUGGUAGGAUGCACACCGCACCACGUUGGUAUACAUGGUGUAGAGUAUGAUUUCUAUGGGGAACGAAAGAUGUAUAAUGUACACUUGGCCUCCACAAGAAUAGGAAAAUAAGCCAGGGAGGUUGAGUAAUUUUAGAGUUCGACCGUUGGGCCGGGUGACUCAAAUAGACGGCGAGGAGGGAGAGACGGAGUCGGACAACUCUCUCGCUCUCUCUCUUCUUCGCAGAAAAAGAAAAGAGGCGAAGGAGACGACGACAGAAGCGGAACGAAUCGAACGCGAAUUACCAAAUCCCUCGAGAUCCGAUCCUUCUCUCGCAAGCUUUAAUCCAAUCACUUUUUUUCCUCCGGGCUUUUCUCGGUGAAAAAGGGCGAAUUUUGGGCCUUUUACUCGUCGCAGGUGGAAGGAAUCCGAUGUUGCCGUUAAAGACUCGAUCGGCGCGGAUGCGGGAUUUCGAGUCCGAAGCUUAUUCUUGAUUUCGAAUUCUUGGGUGGAUUUUUGGCUUAGAUUGCACCCCAAGAACGGUUGGGUUCUUGGGUCUUUCCAAGCGAAAUUUGAGCAGAAAUGGAAGGAACGGAGCUCCGGCGGAGCAUGACGCUCUCUGAGCAGCUUGCGGUCGAGGAUUCGCCCAAUCCUCCGACGGCGCCGACCGGCGUCGCCGAGAAGCGGGAGGCCUUCGCCGCCGAGAGCGGCCCGGGCAGCGUCAGCCACUGGAAUUUGAUGGACAUCAUCAAGGAGGAGCAUGACGUCAACGGGGGCGCCGGUGCCGGCAUCAACUGGAAGUCGUUGAAGGAGCGCCUCCGCCUCCACCGCACCGGCGCCGGCGCCGUCUGGGCCACCCCCUCCGGCCACCCCUGCCCCAUCUCCGAUCCCGAAGUCGUCGUCUCCGUCCGCCCCAACCCCGCGGCCACCCUCGGCCGCUCCAUCUCCCGCUCCGUCUCCAUCCGGAACGCCGAGAUCACCUUCCGGGGCUCUGCCUCCCGCCGCGGAGCCAUCGUCUCCGAUUACAAUCCCCCCGCCGCCGCCGCCAGGGGGACUGCGGAGGAGGAGGACUCUCCGGCGAGUGGCGGAAGCAGAGGAGGUGAAGAAGAACUGGAGGGGUGCGAGGGAUCCAACCGAAGCGGCGCCGGCGAGGCGGAGGCGGCGGCGGCGGAGCAACCGGUGACGAUUUCUUUGAUGGCGCUGCUGGAGCAAACGGACAGGUGGGGUGGGGAGGGGGAGGAGGCGUCGGCGGCAGAGGAGGAGGAGGUGGCGGAGGACGGGGAGGGGGAUGUCGGCGGGAUGUACUACGUGUGCUGCGUGUGCAUGGUAAGGCACAAAGGCGCUGCCUUUAUACCCUGCGGCCACACCUUCUGCCGGCUGUGCUCGCGGGAGCUGUGGGUGAGCGGCGGCAACUGCCCCCUCUGCAAUGGCUUCAUCUUUGAGAUCCUCGACAUCUUCUAGGUCUUUCUCCAUUCCCCAUUGCCCCCUGCUACCAUCCCAAUUGGGUACUCCUUCUUCUUCAUCAUUCCCCAUUGCCCCCUGCUAUCAUCCCAAUUGGGUAUCUUCUUAUUUACUUAAUUAUUGAAUUCAAUCUUCUUUUCUCGUACAAGAAAAUUAUUUUGGGUGGUGGAGCUCUCUGUCUAAUUUUAUGGGUUCUUAAGGUUGGGCUUGGUGAUAUGAUAGGAUAAUGGGCUGAUGAUAAUAAUGUAAUUGUAAUUUUAUGAUGUAUAAUCACUAUAAUGCAUAAGAGUUUUUAGGAAUUUUUAUUUUUUUUGGGUAUUAUGGUGCCUCACACAGCACGUGCACGAGUGCAGCCAACAAAAUCAGAAAAAACAUGGGUGGCCCGGAAAGAUUAGGACAUUGCUUGCUGAAUGGGAAGACAUUGUUGUUGCUGGUGAAUUUGUGUGAUUGAUUUGAAGAAAUUGUGGAUGUGUAUAGAGCUGUAGAUAGUUUUAGUGAUGAUCCCUUGUAUUAUUAUUUCUUUUAUAAUUCAAAUAAGCUUAUUUGGUGGUUUCAGAACCUAAUUAUUGUAGGAUUACUUUUAGGAUGCAUAUUAUUUAAUCUAAGUUGAUAGGAUAUCUAUGAUAUGCAUUAGGAUUUUAUUGUUUGUCCCUGCCUGCUAUUCCUGUUUAGGUUAUCAACAUGUGUAUCUCUGACUUCUCCUUAACGAACCUUGUCAAUUAUUAGAAUGUGCAUAGGUUUUCCUCUUUUUAUUAGCUUCUAAAAUAAAGGAUAGAGGUAAUGCUGAUUAUAAA